AUGCGCAGCGUGCUGCGUGAUAAUCAGCCAGAGCACAAGCCGUGGUUGCGCUGGCCGGGUACCUUCGAAGCGAUUCUCGACAGUGAUAUGCAGAAGACGCUACGGGAAUUUUUGACUAGCCCUUUGAUCCACAGGGAAAGAAUCAGGGAGGUUCAAACUAAAUUUGCAAGCAUCGCGGAGGCAUCCGGAGUGGCAUCAGAAGGGCACGCAGUUUUCCUACAAGGAGGAACUUCGGAUGAAUGGAGCCUCUAUUCGUCCGACUGCACCAAGUGCCCCUUCCGCCAAGAGGCCUUCUUCCAGUACCUGUUGGGAGUCAAUGAGCCGGAUCUGUUGGGGGUUUUGAUUCUGUCUCGCAAAGAAGUUCUUCUUUUCGUUCCUCGGAUUUCCAAGGACUCCCUGAGGUUCGUAGGCCCCCCCAAGAGCGUCGCCUUCUACCAGGAGCGCUAUGGAGUUUCUGACGUCAUUCCGUAUGAGCGUCUCGACGAGGUCGAAGUGGAACUAAAGAGCCGUGGCGUCCACACUCUGCAUGUUCUCCACGGCAUCAACUCGGAUAGCGGUUCUCCUGCGGGACCCCCCAACGCCCUCAAGAACUUCUCUGCCUUUCGCAUUGACACCGCGAAGCUGCACGGCAUCCUUGUCGAAAGCCGACUCUACAAGACACCCCUGGAAGCUGAGUUCUUGACCGCGGCUGCCUUAUGUGCCUCGCAAGCCCACUGCUUUGUGGGGCGUCGCAUUACACGGCUAGUCGAGCUGCACGGCGAGGCCUUGUUCAAGGCUUUCGUUGGCGUUGCAGGAGGUGCCAGACACGUCGCUUACGACUGCAUCUGCUGUGCCGGCACACACGCAUCAAUUCUACACUACGGUCAUGCAGGCAGGCCCAACGAUGGCCUUAUUAAGGACGGAGAUUUGCUACUCUUCGAUAUGGGGGGCGAUUUUUCUGGGUAUGCCACGGACAUUACUUUCACCUUCCCAGCAAAUGGCGUCUUCACGGAGAUGCAGAAAGCGAUUUACUCAGCAGUUCUGGAUGCGCAGCAAGCGGUUCUAAGGAGGAUGAAGCCCGGUGAGAGAUGGACAGCGCUACACCGACUAGCGGAACGCGUCAUCUUGAAGCACCUCAAGGAUCUAGAUUUACUCGUUGGCUCGCUGGAGGCGUGUGAAGCAGCAGCGUUGGGGAGUGUCUUCAUGCCACACGGUUUAGGGCAUUUUCUAGGACUAGACACACACGACGUGGGAGGUUUUACGGCUUCCUCGCCUCCGAGCAACGAGCCAGGCCUGUGCUACCUUCGAACAACCAGAAUAUUGGAAGAAGGCAUGUGCAUUACAGUUGAACCUGGCUGUUACUUUGUAGAGCAUCUGCUAAAGAAGGCUGCAGCCGAUCCGACACAGGCCUCGCUCAUGAACCUCCCGGAAAUCCAGAAGUAUGUGCAUGUGGGAGGCGUCCGCCUGGAAGACGAUGUUAUUGUGACCAAGACGGGGAUCCUGAACCUUACAGUAGUUCCGCGUGCAGUCGCAGACGUCGAAGAGUUGCUGCGCCUUGCCCCUUGA